AGUCUGGUCUGAACCAAACUGUGUACUUCAUGAACGACCUGGCCCGAACGAUAGACAUGACUUUACAACUUAGGAUCGGACGGACAUGGCCUGUGGGAGACCGAAGAACAAAAUUGUAGUAUGUCUCUCCAAGAAGUAUAUUGGAUACUGGCACUGUUUUGUGCUAAGCUUGCAGGCACCUUCGUGGGAACUGUCUUCUUACAACUCUUUUCCCCGUUUACACUGCAGCAAUCGGUUGAUUAUGUCAAUUACCUCGCAUGGCAAAUCGGAUACCUUGUAUUGACAUGGAUAGAUAGAUUUACGAGCAAACAAAACCCAAGGUUAGCGGUGUAUCGAAUCUUGUUGUUCUGUCGUGAUAUAAUGCACUCGAUAAUGAUGUCUAAAUAUCUUUUAGACAUCAAUCGAGUUGCAGACCACGUGUCGCAAAUCCGGUCAUGGCUCGGGAGGGAGAUCUCGGAACGAUGACCAUGGAGCCUGGAUCCAUCUGUGGACAACGUCCGAGCCAUCUGCUCAUUUUCGUGUCACUGUGUUCGGGUAACAUUUGCUUGCGGCAGGUAGGGAUAUGGCGCUCCAUAGAUGCUGAUACAAUCCCUUGUGAUGUGAUGGUUGGUAAGA